CAGAGCUGACACCUCUGGGGCACCAGCUUUGUGAGCAGUUCUGGGGCCGGAGUUCUUCCCACAGCGGGAGCAGAGAGCAGCAGGGACCCAUGGAGGCCCCCUCAGUCACUCCCAGCAAAGGGCACAGCUCCUGGCAAGGGGCACUGCUCACAGUCUCACUGUUACUGUCCUGGAGCCCGCCCACCGCAGCACAACUCACCAUUGAAUCCGUGCCCCGCGCUGCUGCUGAAGGACAGGAUGUUCUUCUCCGCAACCCUUCACAAGCAGAGGCUGCAUUCUACAAUUGGUAUAAAGGGAACAGUGUACUAAUACAAAACAAUAGAAUUGGAACAUACGCAGUAUCAUCUGGAAUAUUUACUAGGGGACCGGCCUACACGGGUCGAGAGACCAUAUACCCCAAUGGGUCCCUCCUGUUGCAGAAUGUCACCCUGGCAGACACAGGAACCUACCUACUACAAAGAACAAAGGCAGACGGAGUACCUGAGGCAUUGACUGGACAAAUCCUUGUAUUCCGGAAGUUACCCAAACCCUCCAUCGAGAGCAACAGCUCCAACCCUGUGGAGGACAAGGACUCUGUAACCUUAUUGUGUGAACCUGAAACUCAGAACACAACCUACCAGUGGUUGAUAAACAAUCAGAGCCUCCCGGACAAUUCCAGGCUGGAGCUGUCCAUGGACGACAGGAAUCUCACUAUACACAAUGUCACAAGGAAUGAAUCAGGAUUUUACGAAUGUAGAACCAGGAACCCAGUGAGUUCCAACCAUAGUGACCCAUUCUUCCUGAAUGUUUCCUAUGGACCAGACACCCCCACCAUCUCCCCCUCAGCUGAGCAUUACUCUCCAGGGGACAACAUCAAUCUCACCUGUCAAGCAGUUUCUAACCCAUCUGCACAGUAUUCUUGGUUUAUCAAUGAAACCUACAGGCAAUCCACACAGCAGCUCUUUAUCCCCAACAUCACUGUGGGUGACAGUGGGAGCUAUGCCUGCCGUGUCCAUAACCCUGUCACUGACCUCAAUAGAACCACAAUCAAGACUAUCACAGUGUCUGAGGCCUUGACCAAGCCCUCCAUCCAGGCCAGCAACACCACAGUCUCAGAACAUACAGGGCCGGUGGUCUUCACCUGCCUCACCAAACACAACGGAAUCUCCAUCUCCUGGUUCCACGAUGGUGAAAGACUGAGGCUCACGGAGAGGAUGAAGCUGUCCCAGGACAACAGCUCCCUCACCAUAAACCCUGUCAGGAUGGAGGAUGCCGGGAAGUAUCAGUGUGAGGUCUCCAAUCCAGGCAAUGCCCAGAAAAGUGACUCCCUCACCCUGACUGUGGAAGCAAAUGCAAGCAAUUCUGGCCUCUCAGCUGGGGCCAUUGCUGGCAUCGUGAUUGGAGUUCUGGCCUGCGUGUCCCUGGUAGCAGCUCUGGUGUACUGUCUGUGGGUCAGGAAGACUGCAGGGGCAGGCGACCAGCACGAUCUUACAGAGCAGAAACCCUCAGCAGCCAACCACAAUCAGGAAUACUCUCUGCCUAACAUGGCUAAUGAAGUUGCAUACACUGCCGUGAGCUUCAGUACGCCACAGCAACCCAAAACUCCAACUUCAGACUCCCCAGCCCCAGUGGCCACAGAAACAAUUUAUACAGAAGUUAAAAAGAAGUAACACAACCUGCCGUGCUCAGGACACUACCGAUGUAUUUAUUCCAGGUCCUUGCCAUCCUCAUCACGGGAGAUCCAUUUACCCUCAAGGGAAAAGGAAAACAAUCCCACUUCCAAGCUGCACUCCUUACUGCUCUGCCACAAGCCUACUAAGUCAUAGGCCCUGCCAUCAGUAGACGCCAUGAAAUUUGGCAAAGACAACUUUGAGAGACAGUUCCUAGGAUCUCCCCAUCCCUCCCCCAGUCCUCACCUAGAUUUUUUUUAAACUUACCUCUUCAGAGCAUACUCAUUCCUUCCCACCCAAGUCCUGUCCCAUCGGAGUCUAAUUUGAAUUUAUCAUAACUUUGAGAGUUGUGUGCCAGAAAAGGAAAGAAAAAGUAAAAGCAUAAUAACUUCUCCUGUCUCUUCAAAGCCAAGUGUGAAAAUCAAAUAUAUGCCGCAAACUAAACUGUGUAACUCUACAACGAUAUCUACUGUCAGAGCUGUCAACCUAUAGGACCAGGGAGGAUGCACUUUGCUAAUUAUUAAGAAUAUAAUCUAAACUUUUUGCAAGCUUAACACGAGAAAACCCACCUGAAGAAACUAGAAGAACUAUCCAUUUCUAAUGGAAAAUGCAAGUGUGCAUAUACUUUCUACAUAUCUUUAUGGCAUUCAAUCAAAACAAGGUUAAAGAAGUCAUCUUGUAAUAGAGACAAUCUGCUGGGAACUUGGGAAAGGAAUCCAGAAGAACUUUCGGAAUAUUAUUUAAAUUACUGUUAAAGAAUGAAAAUUUGAGGGUAUUGGAUUCCCCCCCCCCCCGACUUUUUUGAGAUAAACCACCAUUUAAAUUGUUGCAAUAUUUCAUUAUUUCUGUAAAAGCUGUUUUUGUACACCUCAGUUGUAUAAGCCAAUCUGACAGCCUUUGUUGAAAGAAACCAAAGUCCACUGGGUUCCCUUUGCCAGGAGCUCCUCUGGCCUUUUUGAACCAAGGGCUCCAAACAGAAGGUCACAGGAGGCACGUUCCUCACCCAUAGCUAGAAGUGAAUCUACCUCAGUUUCCAGGCAUCUCAGAAUACCACUCUGUUCCAGGUUUCUCCCUGUGCACCCACCUUCCAUCCUCUCUGUCGGCUCCACUGGGCUUUCUCAGGAAUCCUUGGCUUCUGCAACGUGUGUUCGGUUCUUGAAAAGUGAGCGGCCCCUAAAAGGAGCACUGUCACUCGUGCUGUUGGCCUUGUGUGCAACCUAGGAAGCCACCGUGGUGCUAAUAGCCCCUUGGGGACAGGAGCUAUGAGAAUGUAUUGGGACAUGAGGGGGAAGAUGAGGACAGAACUGUAGGCUUCCUAACCCGUCUCUGAAGGUUCGCUUUUGUCCUAUGAGGUCUGGGUCCCUGCAUGCCUUAGAAUAAAGCGGAAGGAAGGAAGGUUGGACGCAGGAAAAUGUGCUUCCUUCCCAGCAUUCUUCUACACGGAUAGAAUUCCUGGAAGGGGGUCAGAAAGAGGAUUUUUUUUUUCAAUAUUGACUGCUUCGUGCUGUGCCUUAGAGGGUUCCAAAGUGGGCGUUCACGAUUUCCCAACCUUGGUACAUACUGUGUACUUGCCCUCAUCCUCUCUAUGCCGUGUUAUUUAAUUUUGCCUGGCUAAGGCCACUGAAUUUUUUUCCCUUCUGUUUCUGGAUGAAUUAUUUUCCAUUGAUUUGCCCUGUAUUUAUAAUAAAAUAUAUGUUCAGACCAGA